AUGGGAGACGGUAGCUCAAGGCCAUGGACCGAGCUCAGCGGCGAGACCAACUGGAAGGACAUGUUGGAUCCUAUCGACGAGGAUCUCCGGAUGUACCUCAUACACUACGGAGAACGAGUCCAAGCCAUCUACGAUGCGUACAACGGCCAGGAGGAGUCUGGAGACGGCUACGGCAUGCCCCUGUACCCGAUGGACAAGCUCUUCUCUGAAGUGGGUCUCGAGACGGACAACAACAAGUUCAGGUACGAGGUGACCCGGUACUUUUAUGUGCGAUCGCAUGCGUUGGUGCAGCCGGACAGGUCUUGGGCCGGGUAUGUUGCAGUGAGCACCGACGAGGGGACCGAGGCGUUAGGGAGAAGGGACAUUUUGGUCACUUGGAGAGGAACGGAGACUCUUCUGGAGAAAUACACAUCGCUUAGUGCCAGAGAGCAGGUUCUAAGGGAGGUCCGGAAGCAAGUCGAUCUCUAUGCCGGUAAAGGCGAGACAAUCAGCAUAACAGUGGCCGGCCACAGCCUGGGCGCGGCUUUGGCAACGAUCAAUGCGCUGGACAUCGUGACCAAUGGCUACAACGCGCCCACCGACCACCCCGAGAAUGCCUGUCUGGUGACCGCAUUCCCCUUCGCCAGCCCCAAGGUCGGGGACGAGAACUUCCAAGCAAAGUUUUCGUCGUCCGAGAAGCUCCGCGCCCUUCGUGUGACCAACGCCCUUGACAUCGUUCCCUUCAUCCCUCCAAUCAGAUAUUACCACGUUGGAGAACAGCUGCUGGUCGACUCGCGCAAGUCCCCGUACUUGAAGCCUCUCUACAGCGGUUUGACUGGCGCCGUGGAAAUUGGGCAUAUGUUGGAGACGUACCUGCAUCUAAUCGCGGGCACACAAGGGAUCGAUAGCAACGAAUUCGAUCUUGGCGAGCGUCGUGGGAUUGCGCUGGUGAACAAGGGAAUGGAUGCUCUAAAGGAUACAUACAAAAUUCCGGCGUAUUGGUUGGUGGCCAAGAACAAGAACAUGGUCCAGGAUGAGGUCACUGGAGACUGGAGCUUGGCUACUCCGUACAUCCCACCUCCACCAGAAGAUAAUUAAAACAAAUAGUCCCAAAUCUAUAUAU